AUGGAAAUCCCGUAUCCAUCAGCAUAUUCAACGCCGACGACACUGAGUAAUUCUCAAGACUCCAGUGAACCCUACAAAACAACAAUAAAUUCUUUAGACAAUAAUAAACCUCCAGAAAAUUGUAGAUUUCAACAAAAUCAUGACAAUUAUUUAAAAUCUGAAAAUCCCAACAAUUUCAAUGAAACCACCUUUACAAACUGCCUGUUACCUAAUGAAACUGAUGACAUCAAACCAUUAGACAGUUUGGAGAUUAGUCCACAACUCUAUCUCAGUGAAUCUUCAUCAAGUCUUGAACCAGCCUGUAAUCUAAUGAAUGAUUCGUCUGUCUGUUACAAUGAACAGACUACAUCCAGUACAGAUUGGCUAUCACAGUUAUUUCAAACAAGUGUUGAAUCAACAAGUUAUGAAACAACCCUGUCAAAAACUUGUAUAAGUCCAUCUUGGAAAAAUCAGGAGUAUGUACAUUAUUCUUAUACAAGUUCUACACCAGAUUUAAAUAUUCCGCGUCACUAUGAACAACCACCACCACCACAACAACAAGAACCAAUGACCUUGGACACUGCUCAAUGUGUUCAAUUCCCUGAUGUAACAAAUUAUGAAGCUGUGGAGAAAUCAACACCAUCCACUUGUUUCUAUGGAAAUAUCAGUCAAAAUUCUGAAUGCUUUGACACAAUUAGAAUGAAAGAAAAUAUUGGCGUUUUAUCAAAUAUCAGCUCAGAUAACAACAAUGUUCAGCCACUAGUGAACAUUGAACAAUCUGCUCCCAUUCUACCGAUGUACAAUAUUACUAAUAAUCUAGAAUUAAGUAAUCAUAUUCAAGAUAAACUAGAAAGUAAUACAGAUUGUAUUAAGCUACCACCUCCUUAUUACUAUUAUUAUUAUCAUCAUCACCAUCAAAAUCAAAAUUUAAAUCAGAAUCCACCUGUUGUUACCAAUGGUGACGAACAAAUAUUCCCUUGUACAUUGAACAACUUACAGUUGAUUCAAACAAAUGCACUGUCUAAUUUUGAAUUUAGGAGUAAUAAUAAUAAUAAUCAUAAUUAUAAUAACAAGACACAAGAUGACGAUUUCUUUUGUCAACUGUGUUCAUUAGAAAAUUCACCACAUGUUACAACAAAUUCAACAUUCAAUUUAUCGGAUAGGAAUUCAGUUUGGUCAAAUUAUCGUCAAGGAUUAGACAAUAGUAUCCUUCCAAGACAUGAAAAUAAUCAUAAUAAUAACAACAGUAUUAGUAAUCUUUUCCAGCAACAACCACAAAACUCUUCACCAUUAUUAAACUUAUCGCGUUUUCGUCAACGUGAUCAAUGUGUCAAUGGCAUUGAACAUUUAAUACCAGAGAAAAGAAAGCUGAAUAAAAAACGCAUUGAUAUUAAUCCUCAUGACAAUGGUAAGUUUAUGCCAUUGUCUAAAACACUUUCAUCGACAUCAACAUCGUCAGCAAGACAUUCAUCUAAGUCAAUGUCAUUGUUUCAAAUUAGUCCUACCCAACUGAAUACUCUCCUUCCACUGAUAUCUUGCAGUGAAAUUUCUAGAAUUCUCCAUCGAUAUCAAUCAGCAAAUAUUGAAACGUUGUUUCAUACAAUACGUAUUGAUAACCUGUCGGCUGGGAAGUCUUCAUACCCAGUAUCAGUGACAUCAGCAAGAGGUAAUCAAAUCGCCUUUCGACUUAGAGAACAGAAAAUAUGGUCAGAUAUCUGUGUGCAUAAUACUGAAAUGAUUGCUACAAACACAGGAAGACGAAUUUUCCCCUCUUUAUCAGUUGAUGUAUUUGGAUUGUCCCCUGCGGAAGAGUACAUCUUCCUUCUUGAUAUGCUUUUAAUUCAACCGCAUAUAUUUAAACAUCAAGGUGAUAGAUGGGUUGUCAGUUGUCAAUCGGAUGAAUUAAUAACUCAUUCACAACCAUUAGGUAAGUAA